AGCGAAGCACGCCGUUGCUCUAACACGUGCACUCUUAUUACUGGUCUGUGAUUUACCUCAACGGAAUUCAGCGACGUAGUAGCAAUCUUUGUGGGAUAAUACAGAGGGAGGGCGAGCGAGGCCGUUACUUAUAUAUCUCUCUGCUAUCGCCGGAAUCACUCUUUUAUCUCACCGGAAAAUUAUUGAUCAUCCAUCGCCGGCGAGCACCGAUGGUGAAUCCCUUGGUAGAACGUGCCACGAGCAGCUUGCUCCUGGGCCCUGACUGGGCCUUGAACAUGGAGAUCUGUGACAUACUCAAUCGUGACCCUGGGUGCGUCUACCGCUUCUUUUUUGUUUUCGUACCUAAUCGAGAGCACGUGUCUUUUGUGCGCGAUUUCCUUCUCCUUUCUCUUCGCUCUGUGUUUUGAUCGAAUAGUUAUUUGUUUCAUGUGAGAUAUGGAAGAAUAAUUAUUACGAACAAUAAUGCAUGAGUGUGAUUUCCUUGGUUUUCUGAUAGGAAUGAAUUCUGGCAAUGAAAGCUGUGUUAUAGAGUGGAAUUAGUGUCGAUGGAUUAAGAUCGGUGUUUCGUUGAUCCUUCUAUGAUUUUUCUGCUCUUAUAAUCUUGUUUAUUUCAGGGUGAUGAUGGUUAGGGGAACACUAUUGCAUUGUUUUAACUGUAACGGCAAUGGAACAGAGAAAUUUUGGAAUAGGAAAUUUCAAAUUCGAGUUUGACUUGAGUUUUCACUUUUUGAAUUGGUGAUUGAGGAUUGAGUGUUGUUGUUCCAUUGAUCAAUUAGGGAAUAGGGAUAGUAGAUGGCUAUUAUGGAUUAUGCUGAUUCGUGCAUGAUCCGCUUAUGCUGUGUGAUGUCUAAUUUGCUUCUGGUCACUAUGAAUUAUCAGUUUCCUUCAAUAAGCCUUCUAGGAGCUAAUAUUUUUGUGUUUGUGCCUAUUGGAAUACGUUUCAAGAUUUGGAAAUCUUAUAACUGAAUCUUGAUUAUGAGUUGAUUUUGUCUUUUGCUAAUCGGAGAAAGGGGUGGCACAUCUCAUUUUAUUCUUUAUGUUUCUAUGCAUUUCUGAGUUUUUGCCGAUUGGAAGUGGAUUUUUCUUUCUUUUUCUUUUAAUGGAUAUUGGUCCAAGGUGGUCCAGAGCAAGGUAUUUUCAUGCUCAGAUUGAUACCGCUCUUGAUGGUGACUGGCUUCAAAAGGGUUGGACAGGACGGGGCAUAGCGGAUGUAGGGGCGGUACUUACAAGGACUCUAACGCCCAAGUUAAAGAGGGUGGCAGAGUCACGGUAUAUAUGGAAUCUAAGAUCUUAAUCGUAAAGGAGAGGAGUCAUGUAUUUAUAGUUGAAGGUGGUUUAUUUUGGAUGUAUGAUAGUUACCAAAUCCAGCGGGUUGAUGGUGAUAAGUAGCUGUAUUUCGGCAAUAAAGACAGGAGGCCAUCAAAUACCUUCUGUCCUGGACUCCUGGCUAUGAUCAACAAUCAAGGGCCAGGGCCACUUGAAGGUGUUUUAGUAUAAGACUUAUGUGGUGGAAGAAAGGGAACAUGGGGCUUUCUGAGUGGGCAAUACUUCAUAACUGUGAUCUGUACUUUCCCUUGUACCAUGUGUUGGAAUGAAUCCUCUAGAUGAUCUAUGGUAAGUCGUUUGCUCAGGCCAAUGAGAGGCGGAUUUCCAGGUUCCUUCUGUCUUAGCUGAGGCAUCACAUCUUGAUUGUGGGGGACAUCUGUGUGGGCCCAUUGCUUUGUGCUUAUCUGGGUUGGGUCGGAACAGACAUAAUGUUUAACUGGAAUUUUAUGAAUAAAUUUUGGUUUGUACUUCCCGAGUUUAAUAACUUAGUUUGUUAUGAUUUAUCAGGAUGGCAAAGGAUGUUGUUAAAGGUUUAAAGAAGCGGAUUGGAAGUAAACUUCCUAGAGUUCAAAUUAUUGCUCUGACUAUUUAAGGGAAAAUAGAUGCAUAUUCCACAACUACCAUAUAUACCUGUGGAUUAAAGGAAAAAGUCAUUAGAAGAGAAGAAAACUUUCAACUAGCUCCUGGAGACUAUCAUAAAGAAUUGUGGGGACAUUGUCCACAUGCAUGUUGCUGAUAGAGAUGUUCCUCAUGAGAUGGUGAAAAUAGUAAAGAAGAAGCCUGAUUAUCAUGUCAAACAGAAGAUAUUGAUUCUUAUAGAUACUUGGCAAGAAGCUUUUGGAGGGCCGAGGGCAAGAUAUCCACAGUAUUAUGCAGCAUACCAGGAACUUUUGCAUGCUGGGGCAGCAUUCCCUCAGAGGUCUGAGCAAUCUGCACCUGUAUUAACGCCACUACAAACACAACCAUUGUCAUCAUACCCUCAAAAUAUACGAGAUUCUGUUGCUCAGAAAGACACAGCUGAGUCCUCAGCAGAGUCUGAGUAUCCAACCCUAACUUUGACUGAAAUUCAGAAUGCACGUGGUAUUAUGGAUGUUCUUUCAGAAAUGCUAAAUGCAUUAGACCCUAGUAACAAAGAAGGGAUUCAGCAGGUAGUUAUUGUUGAUUUGGUGGAGCAAUGUCGAACAUACAAGCAGAGAGUGGUACACCUUGUCAAUUCAACUUCGGAUGAGUCCCUGCUAUGCCAAGGACUAGCUCUGAAUGAUGAUCUGCAGCGUGUUCUGGUCAAGCAUGAAUCCAUUGCUUCAGGAUCUUUGGGUUCCGGAACUUCUGCUCAAAAUCAUACUGAGAAACUGAAUCCUGCACCUACUGGAGCAGUCAUAGAUGCUGAUGGUCCUUUGGUUGAUAUUGGAGAUACUAGUAAACAAACAGAUGGGAGAUCAUCUUCCGGUGCUGAAGCUGGGUCUCAAACAUUGAAUCAAUUAUUGCUUCCUGCACCCCCAACAUCAAAUGGAUCAGAUCCCCCUGCAAAGGUUGAUCCCAAAGUGGACCUGCUGAGUGGUGACGACUUUAACUCACCAAAAGCAGAGACUUCACUUGCUCUUGUUCCCGUAGGAGAACAGAUACCAGCCAGCCCUAUGUCUCCACAGAAUGCCCUUGUUCUUUUUGAUAUGUUUUCUAAUGGAAGCAACGCACCUUCUUCUGUUAUUAACCAGCCAAUUAAUGCUGCUGGCCAAACCAGUCCGUUAGCUCCUCAAUUUCAACAACAGCAGACUUUCAUAUCUCAAGGGGUGUUUUACCCCAACGGGAGUGUGCCAAAUGUGGGGUCACCUCGGUAUGAGCAAUCACCAUUUACACAGAGCACAGGUCCUUCCUGGAAUGGUCAGGUUGUGCAGCAGCAACAGCCUCGUUCACCAGUUUAUGGUACAGAAAGCAGUGGAUCAUUUCCGCCACCUCCCUGGGAAGCUCAACCUACAGACACUGAUAGUCCAGUAGCAAGCAGUCAAUACCCACAUCCACUGCAAGUCACUCAAAUGGUUAUGACGCAAAUACAACAUCCUCUAGGACCUCAAGCAAUGGGGCAUGACCAGGCUGUUGGAAUGUAUAUGCAUCCAAAUGCUAGCCAUAUGUCAACUAUGAAUAACCCUGCUCAAAACAAUCAGUUUGGCUUGCUCCCUCAACAUAUUCAGGGUGUUCCCGGUCCCUAUAUGGGUAUGGUUUCACAUCAAAUGCAUAAUAGUCCUGUUGUUUCCAUGUAUCCUCAGCAGAUGUAUGGCAACCAAUUCGUAGGAUAUGGCUAUGGUCAGCAACCAGGGGUUCAAUAUCUUGAGCAGCAAAUGUAUGGUUUGUCAGUGAGAGAUGAUGGUGCUCUGAGAAAUUCUUACCAGGUUUCUGCUACAUCCUAUGUGCCACCUGGGAAGCCUUCCAAGCCUGAAGAUAAGUUAUUUGGGGACCUUGUUAACAUGGCAAAAGUGAAACCAAAACCUGCUCCUGACCCAACUGGUAGCACGUAGAACUGUGAUUGGAUUUACAUUUUUCACCUGUUUGCUAAAUCUUGUCCUCUUUUUUCUUCAUUCUUUUCAUUUUACUUUUACAUAUAUUAAAUAUAAUAAUGUGUAUAUUUAUUUUGUUAUAUAGAGUUGCUUGUUUGGCAAUUGGCAAUAGAUUAUGUACAUUUUUUAUAGAGGAAAUACUGAACAUAGAAAGGGAAAGAAAGAUAUCAUCCUAUGGGUUGAACUGAACUGUUAGUGGCAUCUGUAUUCCUCCUCUGGAAUGGGACACUUUUUAUGGUUAGAAGUCAA